GAAAAAAAACUAGCGACGAGUACAUGUAGCGUAUCCUUUUUCUGUCGACAAGAUCUUAGAUUCCGGCUCCAAAAUGAACGAAGGCAGAGACUUGGCCAAAACUCACAUCAAUCCGUGUAUUAAGUAUACACUUUUCGUCCUCAACUUCUUAUUAUGGGUGUUUUCUAUCGGUCUCAUUAUCAUCGGCGUCUGGGCCUUGAUUGAGAGACAGAACACCAAUCACAUCCAAAUCUGGGCCGUGAUUGAGAGCCAGAACUCCACGCACAUCAAGUCUAACCAGCAGGACAUCUUCACCGGGUCUUCAAUCGUUCUCAUCGUCACGGGUAGUGUCAGCUUCAUCCUGGGUUUCACUGGCUUCCUGGGAGCUCUCAGAGAGAACUGCUGUCUACUGUUGUUUUUCCUUUUGUUCAUGUUCCUUAUCAUCAUACUGGAAGGAUCGGCAGGAACCCUGGCAUUUGACUACAGUCGCGCAUUUUACCUAACUGUGGAUGAGAUCGUGGAGCGCUCCAUUGCUCAGUACAGGACGGACUUGGAUUUGACCAAUUUCAUCGACUUUGCACAAAGAACGUUGGAGUGUUGUGGUGGCGAUGGAGGGUACAAAGACUGGUCUCUGAAUCGCUACUUCGACUGCACAGAAGAAAACCCCAGCCGAGAGAAAUGUGGAGUACCGUACUCAUGCUGUAUGAAAACGGAGGAUGCUAACGGGGAUCCAAAUAUCAUCAAUACACAGUGUGGGCUCUUCACUAGGGAACAGUACCUGGUGCCUGCCAAAGUGUCAAACGAGAUCCACACUGCAGGGUGCGUGGAUAAGUUCCUGGUCUAUCUCAGCCAGAAGAGUUACAUUGUUGGGCCGACUGCCUUGAGUGUGGCUGCAGUCCAGUUGCUUGUCAUGCUGUUAGCUUUACGUCUGCACCAGCAGAUUAAGCUAGAGUGCAGUCGCUACCAUAAGUGCAAGAAACGCGGCAUCAACAAUUUUGCGUAAAAAAGCUCCUCCGGUAGCCGAGGUAUUCAGUUGCCGUAACUAUGGCAACCCAAACGUUCUUCAACAUGUUCUUUCUUACUGGUCACAUAUUAAAAGGUCAUCACACUCCAAGAUUGAAAGACAGUAUUCAUUUUACAAAAUAAUGGCUCCAAAAAUUGGCAGAGUCGAGAUGUAUUCAAAUUUUGAUAAUUUGUAAGUACCACAAACGCGGCGUCAACAAUUUUGCGUAAAAAAGCUCCUCCGGUAGCCGAGGUAUUCAGUUGCCGGUAACUAUGGCAACCCAAACGUUCUUCAACAUGUUCUUUCUUACUGGUCACAUAUUAAAAGGUCAUCGCACUCCAAGAUUGAAAGACAGUAUUCAUUUUACAAAAUAAUGGCUCCAAAAUUGGCAGAGUCGAAAUGUAUUCAAAUUUUGAUAAUUUGGAACUAGGGCAAAUAGUUGUGAUUACGUCACAAACAAGCAUUCGCAUUUCCGUGUGAGCACGAAUCGGCCUUAAGUGACUUUGGUAGAUCAAAUGUGCAUUUAUGUCUACAAUGAAUGGGACUGAUGUUCCUUAAUACCAAAUUCCGAUAUUACAAACCUUUUGGCUAAGUCUGGCUGAGUAAGUAUUCCAGCGUUGACUUUUUUAAAAUAUUUUAUCGCCUUAUCAAAUUCCUGUAUUGUGUACUUAACGAUAAUGUAUUGCAGUACUUAAAGCUACCUUUGGUCUUUCAACCUCUGUAAUCUAAUAAUUUACACGAUUUAUUUCUAUUAUCUUAUCUCAAUUUGUGUACUUACAUGUAUCAAAGUUUAUAUUCGGAAAUGUUAAACGAAAUUCACUAGUUUUACGCAGUUUUUUUUUUAGCUUGUUCAUUUUACAUUUACACUGGGGCUUUCAGUAUGUUUAUAUUAUCCGUUACGAUAAUGUUGGUUUUUAAAAUUUGGGUUCAGAUAUUAGAUGUAUAUACAGUUGAAUCUCGUUAGUACAAACUCUGUUAAUACAAAAUUCUGGUUAUAACAAACAUGAAGCCUUAGUCCUGACUGUGCAUGUAUGUGCACAAUGAAUGGGACUGAUGUUUCUCUGAAUACAAAAUUCUGAUAUAACAAACAAUUUGGCUAGGUCCGAACGAGUUUGUAUUAACGCAACACCACUAUAUAUGUGUAUUUUUCAUCUGUCAGUUAUGUAUUUCCUCCCCCCAAAAUGGAUGAUUUUGACCUACAUGCAGAAGAAUUACAGUUUAAAGCGCAGGGUCUUAUGUGUAUAUAUCUGGUAUGUUUUUAUAAUAGUUUGCAAUUUCUAUUUUAUAUAAAAUGUAAGAGUUUUGAGAUUUUUAAAGGUAUGUCUCACUCUGAUGUUCGGGAGUCACGUCCAUCCAAAAUGUAUUUAGAGACACCAAAGGCAAUCGUAUAGAAUUUUAGUUUCAGACAGCGAGAUGGUUAUCAAUUUUCCAUAUCUUCCUUGUGCAGUCACUUGCAACUUUCAAACGUCGCAUUUAAUUUAAAACUUGAACAAUUUGGUUUGGCGUGACUCUGAAACACCAACCUGGAGUUUUAUAUGGUGUAAUAUCGGGAAUUAAGAAUGCAUUUUAUACACAUGUAGCUGUGCUCAUCUUGAUAUAUACAUUGUACAUACGUACGUGUUAGCAGAACCAUUUUGUGGGGAACUUUUCUAUUGUUACGAGAAUUGUGGCCAAACUUUGGUGGCUUUUGAGUGUCCCCAAGGCAUCUUUGGUCUUCAUAACUAAUGUCAACAGGAGUGUGGUCCCCACAAUAAGUGAAUGAGCAUACAUGUAUGAGUUCAUUGCUGAGGCAUAUUAAACAUAUAUGGCAACUUUUGUCUUAUAUCUACCCGUAAUUUCA